AUGGGCCAAACGAAGCGUCGCGAAGGCAAGUCCUCUCGCGCACCGAAAGCAUCUCUCUUCGGUGGAGGCAAGUCAAGUCAUGCAGACUCGGGACAGCCACAGAUCAAAAAGGCCACAUUUGAAAUCACAAAGAAGAAGGAAGUCGGUGUUUCAGAUCUGACGCUGUUGAGUAAGGUUUCCAAUGAAGCCAUCAACGACAACCUGAAAAAGAGGUUCGAGCAUGGCGACAUCUACACUUAUAUUGGCCACGUGCUGGUGUCGGUCAAUCCCUUCCGGGACUUGGGCAUCUACACCGACCAAGUGUUGGACAGUUAUAGGGGACGAAACAGACUCGAAGUUCCUCCUCACGUCUUCGCCGUUGCCGAGUCUGCCUACUAUAACAUGAAGGCCUACCACGAAAACCAAUGUGUCAUCAUUUCUGGAGAAUCGGGCGCUGGGAAAACGGAAGCAGCCAAACGGCUGAUGCAGUACAUCGCCAAUGUCUCUGGGGGCACAGAUUCGAGGAUCCAGAGAACGAAAGACAUGGUCUUGGCCACCAACCCGCUGCUGGAGUCGUUCGGCAACGCCAAAACGCUGCGAAAUAACAAUUCGUCUCGGUUUGGGAAGUAUCUCGAACUCGAAUUCAACCAGAAUGGCGAGCCUGUUGGGGCCAAAAUCACGAAUUACUUGCUGGAGUCCUCGAGAGUCGUAGGACAGAUCACCAACGAACGAAACUUCCACAUUUUCUAUCAGUUCACCAAAGCCGCCCCGAAGGAGUACAGAGACGCAUUCGGCGUUCAGCAGCCACAAUCAUACGUAUAUACCAGCAGAUCCAAAUGCUUCGAUGUACCGGGCAUAGACGAUGCCAGUGAUCUUAACGAAACCAUUGAAGCCAUGAAAAUAAUUGGACUGACCAAGGCUGAGCAAGACAACAUAUUCCGUAUGUUGGCCGCCAUCUUGUGGAUCGGAAACAUUACCUUCCGGGAUAAUGAUCAGGGCGGUGUUGAUAUCUCGGAUCAGUCGGUUGUUGAUUUUGUGGCAUACUUGCUGGAAGUCGAGUCAGCUCAUGUUCACAAAGCACUGACUGUCAGAAUUGUUGAGACGGCUCGAGGUGGUGGCAGGCGUGGCUCUAUCUAUGAAUCCCCUUUGAACCCUGUCCAAGCAAUGGCUGUACGUGAUGCGCUGGCGAAAGCCGUCUACUUCAGACUUUUCGAUUGGAUCGUCUCCCGAACGAACGUCUCGCUACGAGCACAGGGAGCUGUCAAAAACACGGUCGGUAUCCUCGAUAUUUACGGAUUCGAAAUUUUUGAAAAGAACUCUUUCGAACAACUGUGCAUCAAUUACGUCAACGAGAAGCUGCAGCAGAUCUUCAUCCAGUUGACACUCAAGGCUGAACAGGAAGAGUAUGCUCGCGAGCAGAUUCAGUGGACGCCCAUCAAAUAUUUUGACAACAAAGUUGUCUGUUCGCUGAUCGAAGACAAAAGGCCACCCGGAGUCUUUGCAGCUCUCAAUGAUGCCUGCGCCACUGCUCAUGCUGAUUCUGGAGCCGCGGAUCAGACAUUCGUGGGCCGUCUCAACUUCCUAUCAAGCAAUCCCAACUUCGAAAACCGACAAGGCCAAUUCAUCAUCAAGCAUUACGCUGGUGAUGUCAACUACCAGGUCGCCGGCAUGACAGAUAAGAACAAGGAUCAGCUUUUGAAAGAUUUGCUGAACCUCGUUGGUGAGAGUUCCAACAGUUUCCUGCAUGAGCUCUUCCCCGACCAGGUCAAUCAGGAUGACAAGCGACGGCCUCCAACUGCAGGUGACAAGAUCAAGGCUUCAGCCAAUGAACUCGUCGACACUUUAAUGCAGGCACAGCCAUCAUACAUUCGUACCAUCAAGCCCAAUGAGAAUAAAUCGCCCAAAGAGUACAAUGAGGCGAACGUUCUCCAUCAGAUAAAGUACCUCGGUCUUCAGGAGAACGUCCGCAUUCGCAGAGCUGGUUUUGCCUACCGUCAGGCAUUUGACAAGUUCGUCGAACGAUUUGCACUGCUGUCACCAAGAUUGUCAUAUGCAGGAGAAUACACCUAUACUGGUGAUGUAAGGACAGCCUCGGAGAUCAUUUUCAAAGACACGAGCAUUCCCCCGGAAGAGUAUCAGAUGGGUGUUACCAAGGCUUUCAUCAAGAGCCCUGAAACGCUGUUUGGAUUGGAGCAUAUGCGAGAUCGAUACUGGCACAACAUGGCAGUCCGAAUUCAGCGAGCCUGGAGAAAUUAUCUGAGGUAUCGGGCAGAAGCUGCGACAAGAAUCCAAAGAUUUUGGCGAAAGUCCAAGGUCGGGGUUAAAGAAGUGGAAUUCAGAGACCAAGGACACCGGCUGCUUGCUGGGCGCAAGGAACGUCGCAGGUACAGCUUGCUCGGCUCGAGACGUUUCUUUGGCGAUUACUUGGGCCUCAAUAUGCCCGGCGGUCAAGGCCGGGUUCUCCGAGACUCCAUCAACCUCAGCUCCCAGGAACGAUGCGUCUUCUCGUCGCGCUGCGAACUGCUGGUGGCCAAAUUUGGAAGAUCAUCCAAACCAUUGCCCAGGAUACUGGUGCUUACCAACAAGUCAGUCUACAUUGUAGUUCAGGCUGUGGUCAACAACCAGCUACAGAUCUCAGCCGAAAGAACAAUACCUGUGGGUGCCGUCAAAUAUAUUUCGACUUCCAGCCUGCGGGAUGACUGGUUUGCGCUGGGUGUCGGUUCGCCCCAGGAACCCGAUCCGCUCAUCAGUUGUGUGUUCAAGACAGAAUUCUUCCUUCAAUUCAAAACCGUUGCUGUUGGAGGAAUGAACCUCAAGAUUGGACCAACGAUCGAAUACAACAAGAAGCCCGGCAAGCCUGCUUCGGUCAAAGUUCAAAAAGACACCACCGUUCCAAGAGAUGAUGUGUACAAGUCUGGAACAAUUCACGUUCCUCAAGGCGAAGCACCAACCUCUGUCUCGCGGCCUACGCCUCGAGGCAAAGCGAUUGCAAAGCCUAUUACAAGUGGCAAGCUACUCCGCCCUGGCGGACCCGGUGGUCAGCCUUCGAAAGCUGCCUCGAGAAGGCCCGUCCCUGCAGCACGGCCUGCAGCUCAAACACCACGACCUGUACCUACACCUGCCGCUACACCCGUUCACCACGCUGUUACAUCCCAUCUCAACGGAGCCUCCUCCCAUGCUCGUAACGACUCAGCCUCUUCAUUUGGCCGUGCGGCCCCUCCUCCGCCUCCACCCCCACCUCCUGCCGCAGCACCCGCUGCUGUCCCAUCAAAGCCUCAAGCUAAAGCCAAGUACGACUUCAAUUCUCCCAAUGAUAAUGAGUUAAACAUAAAGACUGGAGAUAUUGUCGAGAUUCUGAAGAAGGAAAACAAUGGCUGGUGGCUCUGUAAAAACGUGCAAACUAUGAAAGAAGGCUGGACGCCGACGGCGUACGUCGAAGAGAUUGAGCAAGCUCGUGCCGCUCCGCCUCCACCUCCACCACCGCCGGCCGCGCCUCCACGAGCUGUUCCUGCGCAGGUCAUUGCAAAUGGGCAUACCAAACCUGGAACUCCACCGGUCAUUGGGAAAGCGAAGCCGACGCCACCUGCGCCUCCAGCGAAGAGGCCGGUGCCCGCGGCGCGAAAGCCAGCUGCUUCACCCGCCCGCGACAGUGGCAUGAGUCUGGGGACCGGAAGCGGCACCGAUUCGGGCCGUGCAACACCGAAUAGUAUCGGUAGCGGCAGUCUUGCUGGAGGGCUGGCUGAAGCGUUGAGGGCAAGACAGAGUGCUAUGAGUGGCAGGCAAGAAAAGGACGAUGAUGACGAUUGGUAG